AUGGAAGACGUUUUGGUGUAUAAUGAUGUUGUUAAGGAUGGCAAUGUCGGUGACAUGAUUUUUGAGAAUGAAGAAAACGCAACCGAUGUUAGUUUAUUGGAAACUGACGACGAGGAAGAUGUGGAUUUUGAAUCAGAGAACGAAUAUGAUAAAACAUUUAUACACGACAUUGAAAUGUCUGAAGAUGAAAACGACGUUUCUUUUAAUCGAAGCUGUGUUGAUGACAAAGCUAACGAUGAGACAUGUAGUGAUGAAGAAAUGGAAGACGUUUUGGUGUAUAAUGAUGUUGUUAAGGAUGGCAAUGUCGGUGACAUGAUUUUUGAGAAUGAAGAAAACGCAACCGAUGUUAGUUUAUUGGAAACUGACGACGAGGAAGAUGUGGAUUUUGAAUCAGAGAACGAAUAUGAUAAAACAUUUAUACACGACAUUGAAAUGUCUGAAGAUGAAAACGACCCCACUGCACUAGGUUGUAAAGUAAAUCAUAGCUGUGUUGAUGACAAAGCUAACGAUGAGACAUGUAGUGAUGAAGAAAUGGAAGACGUUUUGGUGUAUAAUGAUGUUGUUAAGGAUGGCAAUGUCGGUGACAUGAUUUUUGAGAAUGAAGAAAACGCAACCGAUGUUAGUUUAUUGGAAACUGACGACGAGGAAGAUGUGGAUUUUGAAUCAGAGAACGAAUAUGAUAAAACAUUUAUACACGACAUUGAAAUGUCUGAAGAUGAAAAUAACGUUUCUUUUAAUCGAAGCUGUGUUGAUGACAAAGCUAACGAUGAGACAUGUAGUGAUGAAGAAAUGGAAGACGUUUUGGUGUAUAAUGAUGUUGUUAAGGAUGGCAAUGUCGGUGACAUGAUUUUUGAGAAUGAAGAAAACGCAACCGAUGUUAGUUUAUUGGAAACUGACGACGAGGAAGAUGUGGAUUUUGAAUCAGAGAACGAAUAUGAUAAAACAUUUAUACACGACAUUGAAAUGUCUGAAGAUGAAAAUAACGUUUCUUUUAAUCGAAGGUUUAACAGUAAUUAA